GGUUUCAGUCUGCUGGCGAACGUUGUUGCGAUCACAACGUCUCAGUUCUCAGUUGGUGGCUCGCUGCUCAGAUUCUCAGAUUCUCCGCUCCUCCGAUUCCCAGUUCGUAGCUCUCAAUUCUCCAAGCUCAGAUUCUUCGCCGUCGCGUGUGUGUGCUGUGUGCGUGUGAGCUGGAGGCCGUGUCAGUGUCCGUGUAUUUGUGCAGCCGCAGUAGCAGCAGCUCGAGAAGAAGCAGCAGAAGAAUCUAGCUGCGGAAGAAGAAGCAGAAGACGCGGACGCAGAAGAACCGACGAACCCACAAACCGACGAGGAAUAGCAACUGUAGUUGUUUUUCGGGGAUUUCGGUGGACAAAUCUCGAGAUAUAAACGAAGGAGGCGCAGCACCAGGAUGCCCUGCUCCGCCGUAACCCUAUCUAUAGCGACGAUCUGCGCGAUCAUCGCCACCGCCCUGCUGGCGAUCGCCUUCUCCACGGAUAACUGGCUGCACUACGAUGUCUGGCGCAACCAGAUACAGUCCUUCGCCGACAAGCACUCGGAUGCGGAGUCGCUGCUGCACAACAUGAAUGUGAAGUACUACUACUACACGCGGACACGGGGACUGUUCAGGAUUUGCUACCCCAAGGAGCGACCACCGGUGUCGGCGGUGCCCACCUACCUGUCGCCGAUCGAGACGCACUGCUCGAACAUCGACUACUUCCCGCCGGCGGAGGACGAGAAGAUCGCCAACGAGGACGCCACCUCGCGGCUGCACCUGGCCCGCUCCUGCAUCGCCCUGUUCAUCAUCAGCUUCGUGACCAUCUUCUGUGCCUUCUGGACCGGCCUCUCCGGCUGCUGGAAGCGCUCCUCGGGCGCCAUCACGGCCACCUCAAUCCUGCUGCUAGUCACCUGUCUGCUGGCCGCCGGCGCCAUGGGCCUCUGGCACACCGUCGAGUUCUUCGAGAAGGAGAAGGUCGUGGGCGAGGACUACUUCCAGCAGUGGAACACGGUCCUGCGCGACAACACGAAGAUCGCCUACGACUGGUCCUACAUCGUGGCCUGGGCAGGCAUCGGCACCUGUCUCCUGGCGGCCAUCCUGCUCUCCGGCGCGGCCGUCUGCCUGCGCAACGAGCGCGAGAAGGAGGAGCAGCUGAACCUGCAGUACCUGAUGCCAGUCUACUCGCAGAAGCAGCCGCCCUACCCGCCCUACCCCAACUACGCCCAGCCGCAGAUCUACCCCGGACCCUACUACCACGGCUCGCAGUACGGCCCCUACAACUACUAGGCCCCAAGCCGGGGCACCUGCCUCCAUCGCGGAGCACUCCGCGAGCAAUAUCAGCAUAGGAAUCACAAAUGACCAGGGAGGCAGCCGGUUCUCCACAACCCCUCCCCAGUAGCCAAGCCAACUUGGCGAUCAAAUAGGGCAGCCGCCUAUCGAAAUCUUAAGAACACAUACAUUCUGACAAUGACAAUAACAAUGACAAUGACCAUAAGAUAAAGCAUCCAUUUUUUUUGACCAGAGUUUAGUUAGUAGUCUUUUAGAGCUAUAUAAAUAUAUGCUGUAUGUUAACUGAUCGCGGGACUUGAGUCAACGUUGCGUCCGCGUUUUUGGUGCGCGAACUGGUUGCGCGCAGUUUUGCAAAUAUCUUAGAGAGACGGUUGGACCGAUUCGUCUGAUCGAUGCUAUGUGGACCACGGCGAGGGGCGAGCACAAAGACGGAACAAUAAAGAGUUAAUUUAUUGUAGCACGUAGCGUACAUGUAGCGUAUCUAAAUAAUAAUAAACCAAUAUGUGUGUAUCUAAGCUAAAGUUUCAUUGUACAAUGUAUAUGAAUGUAGUAAUGCGCGACAAGCUUCAAAUUGUCUUCCAAGUAUAGAGCCGUACGUCUAAUGAAUAAAAGUUUCUUACGUUAA